GCCUUGUGUUCAUGACCAACCUCACACACCAGAGCAAUGGCUCUCUUCCAUCCCCAGCACAGCUGGCCCUCGCCAUGGCCAUCGUCAAGCACAAGCCAGCAGACCUAUCCAUCAAAGACCAUAUCCUCCAGAUCCGCUCAUAUAUAAUGACCGCCAAUGACUCGAAUUACAACCCCGUCACCUCCCAACCGGACAAAUUCUUCGACAGCGUUUCCUUCUGGCAACAAGCCUACGAACGAUCCACAGCAGAACAGAGCAAACUACUCGACCGCAUUUUCGAACUAGAGCAGCGUAACACGGCUCUUCUCACCAAAACACAAAAGGGAGAUGUGGGAGAGGAAGAGCAGCUGCCCGGGUCUUCUAAGAGGAAAGCGAACCCUAAGAAUCCUGCUGGUGCGGCUACGGCACGGAAACGAGCGAAGACACAAAUGCCUGCGCAGGGUGGUGGUGGUUUCUCAGGUACGGAUGGAGGGCAGGGUAGUGUUCUUGAUCGGGUGAAGUAUAUGGAGGAGUUCACAGGGCCGUUCAUGAGACACUUCUAUACGCUCCAGACGACGCUACAGAAACGACCUAAUCGCUCGAAUGUUGUCCAAGCUGCCGUGAAUUUGUCAAAAGCAGCAACGGAUGCUUUAAUAAGUUCAAUCCAGGAAAAGAAGAUUCCCAUCGGCCGGUCGAAGACGACAACCCUACAGAAUAAGGAUCCUGAUGUUACUUCCGUGGUUAGCGGCGUUGAGAGUGCGCUCCCGAUGCUGUACCAAGCACUAGGAAAGGUUUCUGCUUCAGAGGAGAGCACUUCUGAUGCAGGCCAGGUCACGUAUCAUAUCGUUUGCCUGUACGAAGCCGCAAUGAAAAUGCUAGGACAGCACUGCAAAGCCAGAUCGGAGCAGGCAUUGGCUACCACGACAAACGGGAAACCAGCCAAGAAGCAAAGCGCAAAGUCAAAGCGGGCACAGCAAAAAGCAGAUGACGAGGUAGCUGGUCAGAUUACUCGCCUGCUAGGGGCGAUGAUACUAUCGCUGGAUCUAACCCGUGCAGAGCACCAAGACCUUCUGGAGGGAGCUCUAUUUAUUCUGCUGAACCGCGUUGGAAGACUCCUAUGCCUAUUUGUGUUCAAAGAAUUGCAAUUACGGCCUGAUCUCCGAGUCGAUUCUGCAAAACUCCCGCUUCCCCAAGGCCUGAAGGACGUUAGCUUGGGCGAACAGUCGGGUUUUGCAGCGAAUAUGGAAGCCAAGCAUCUAAUCUGGGUAUUGGAGAGGGCACUUGCUCACUUGGAAACCAGUUCAUCCUCUCCAUCGUCCCGGGACUUCACGUCCAAGAUCAAAGGAUGUCUUCAGAGUACACUGCUUCAGGCUAUAUACGGCACAGAUGAUGAGUGUUUUCAGGGAGCACUGCGUCGUUCUGUUGCCCCCGAUACACUGGAACUUGACAGGUUGCGCACUUGUGCUCAGGUUCCAGAGCAAACAGUUUCUGACUGGUUUACCCAGGAGGUCUGGAGGCUUAUAGGAUGGGAAAUUGUGGUGAAGACGGAACGAAAGGCCUAGACUGUUUGUCUCAUUCGUUGCUUAUAUUUGCAUUUCCGUUUAUGUGAUUGAAUCUGUUCACGAUCUGAUGAUCUACCUAUAUGUCCAGACACUAUACACUAAUGUUUGAACGAGCUAUGAGAAGCACAGGUUAACUGUAUACCUAGUUUAUAUUCAAAAUACGAGCUGCGUUCCCUCCCAAGACAGCGGCGAUAUCAUUAACGUCCGUAUCAAACGCAUCCUGAAUUGCUUCAUAGUUCGUUGCCACGCUCGGCCACACCUCUUUCUCUUUGCAAUCAAGUGGAGGGAAGAACGGAUGAUCGGUUCCUGUCAAGUCAGUCGUUGCCCAUUAAUAUUUUGGAGAAAGAUAUACCGAAUAACAAGCGAUCCUUUCCACCUGCCGCUACAGCC